AUGGCUAAACCCGGCUUCCUUCCUCGUGAAGGCCUUUACAUUGAUCCGAUAAUAGUUGGGUUACGGAAGACAAUCUUUCGUCCACUCACCACGGUGCUAGGACUAUACCUGGCGACAAAAUUCAGCUUUCUGGCCCCAUACGAACAACUCAUCCGUAUUGCCGCAACAGCCAGUGUCCUCCUGUGGCUUAACGAGUUGUUAACUUCCAAGUGUCUGAACAAUUGGGUUACAGAUCAUACCUGGGACUGGAAAAAAGAGCUGGUCGUCGUGACCGGAGGAAGCGGCGGUAUUGGAGCAGGGGUUGCUCAACGUCUAGCUGCAUUGGGCUCACGCGUUGUCGUAUUGGACAUCAUCCCAUUGACGUACAAGCCUGAGAAUGAUCGCAUCCUGUACCACAAAUGUGACCUGAGCGAUGAGAAAGAGAUUGCAAGUGUGUGCGAAAAGAUCAAAGCCGAUAUUGGUGACCCAUCUGUGCUAGUGAAUAAUGCCGGUCUGUCACGCGGGCGAACAGUCGCUGAGGGUACCUACAGCGACAACAGCAUAACCCUGAAAACGAACUUGCUGGCCCCAUUUCUUCUGUCUAAGGAAUUUCUACCGGCUAUGAUCCGACGAAACCAUGGACAUAUUUUUAAUGUGGCCUCGGUUAGCGCUUAUAUUCCGCCGCCAGGGCUUGCUGAUUACGCAGCGUCGAAAGCUGGAUUGAUUGCAUUUCAUGAGUGUCUUGCCCAAGAGCUCCGAGCCCAGAACGCACCAAAGGUCCGCACCUCGCUUGCUGUGCUGAGCUUCACCAAAACACCACUAUUCAAAGGCGAGACGAACCAGUCUAGAUUUCUGAUGCCUCUUCUUCAUGUCGACACUGUCGUAGAUGCCAUCGUGGAUAUACUCGACAGUGGCUUGAGCCAGACAGUCUAUCUUCCAGGAAUUUUUCGCUAUUUUGCCGGCUUGCGAGGAGCUCCGGACUGGUUUCAGCAGUUGAUUCAAAGCGGUACCAAGUCCUUGAGAGUGGAUUUUAAAGGGCGACAGAAAAUUGAUCCGCAGACUGGGAGGCUUGUUCAGUGA